GUCCGACGGAGGCUCCCCGCUGGCAGGCCGGCUCGCCCGCCCUCCGCGCGUCCUCUCGGGCCAGCGCGCGUCCCCGCCUGCUGGACGGUCCGGGCGGCGGGCUGCUGAGCGCGGGCGGGACCGCCUUCCUCGGCGUCCUCGCGGUGAGCUCCCGCCGGCGCCCGCCGCGGCUCUGCAGCUGGGGAGUCCGCCCUGCGCCCCGCUCCAGGCCGGCUUCGCUCCAGGCCGGCGGCGCGGCGCUGGCGGGGGUGUUGCAGGUCCCAGGUCAGCGCUGAAGGGUUAAUCCCAUUUAGCCCUAGAGGGCCGUGCCUUUAGUGCGGUAGACGCUUGGGAAGGGUCCCAUUUUCAGGGCGUGCGUGCGGGUGAUUGUGGUUUCCGUCCUCUGUGCUUUUGGGGGCGGCAGAAUGGUUAAAUCCGCCUGUCACGUUCCCUAAGGGUGAGACUGUUGGAGAAAGCAACGGAAGGAAGAGCCUCUCUCAAGUUGCCACCCAGCCUGAGAGCCCCCUGAGAAAGCAGGAGACCUAUGUGGGCGCCUUCCUGAGUGCUGUGGGCCGCUUUGUUCAGUGGAAUGAGCUGGAAUAGUCCAGGAUCUUGUGUGCCAAGAGGAGUUCGUUGCCACACCUCUUAGUGUAUAGUAAGUAGCCACCUUUACUGAAGAUCACCGGACCUUAGCUGCAGGAGCAGGCAAAAGGAGAAAGGGCCCAGACCCUUGAUAACUUACUUCCAGUGUUUAAAAGACUCUAGGUACCUACCCUUGCACCUCUCUGGUAUCAGUAAUCUGCAGCCUCAAGCAUGGAGACCUAGGCUUCUGUUAUUUCUUCUUGUACCUCUUUUGAGGAAAGAGAUAAUCUUUAAGGUGGUGUUUAAAGUUGAAUGGAAGGAAGAGAGUGGCUCACUUACCUCCUUUGUUUCCAAAUGUACUAGCUUUACCCCUCUUCUGUCAGAGACAAAAGACAAAGCUGAUUGCUUGUGACUCUUAGUCCUUACUGUAAUGGAGCAACUAGUGUAAGAAGUGGAGAAGAAGAGAUUAGCCGAAAUCCAAACUUAUGUUGAAGAAUGUUGCAUGUAAGUACAGUAUUAAGAAAAAUGCCUAGUUGUGUGGUUUCUUUUGUGAUAUUUAUCGUGAAAUGACCAUCUUUUGUACAGGUGUAUAUGAGUGCCUGUAAAAUUACAAGGAAACACAGACUUUUAGGGGAUGUACUCAUGUUAGAGCUUUUAUAUGAUAUGGAAGCUGGGCAUGAUGGCUCAUGCUUGUAAUCUCAGCACUCAGGAGGUUGAGGCAAGAGGAUCACUGAGAGUUCAAUGCCAGCAUGCGCUAUAUAGUGCAUUCAAGGAUAACCAAAAGUACAUAGUAAGACUGCAUCACACAAAAAGAAGAACAAAGCAAAAGGAACAUUCAUAUGGAAAUUUUGCACAAUCCAGGCUUCUAGGUGCAUCUGGACCCUGUGGAACUCGAGUCUAUAAUGCUGGGUGUUAGAAUAAAAGAAAGAUUGUAUUUGAUACUUUUGGCUGACAGAAUUAGCCUUUAGAAACUGGAUGGGAUGGGGAAGCAAAGGUACAGAACCAAAACAAAAAUUAAUAACUUGGCCUUGAAAGAAGACAGAAUCUUAUGAAUACUGCAUAAACACAAUGGCAUGGACUCUGUUUACAGUACAUCACUGCCAGUCUUACCUGUACCAGAACAGGAAGUUGUAGCUCCAAGGGAGGAAGAAAGUUUGAGGGGAAUUGUUCUUGAAGUCCUGCUUCAUUCUCCCCUUUGAUGUUUUCCAUAAUAAAUUUUAGUAGAACACAUCACUGUCGUUAGCAUUUAUCUUGUUAUGGGGGUUAGGGGGUUGGCUCCAUAUUGGGCAGAGAGAGACUUAGAACAAAAAGGGAAAAGGACUUACGUUGUCAUUGUAUCCUGAUGUAGAUCCUGAAACUUUGACCUGGUGUGGACUGGUCAUGUUCAGGAGUGACCACAGGCAGGUUGUUGUUCCCUCAAGCUUCAGCUGUGCAUAGACUGGUCAGCUUCCAGGGUGACUAGGGCAGCACUAUUGUCUCUGGCCUGAUGUCCUCACAGAAUGAGCUGGUUCAGGUGGUCUGGAUCCAGUUGGCUGGUCUGUGGUAGAUCUAAAACACAGUUUCUGAAACUCUAAUGGCAGUAGAACCAGACUAGAUUAUAGUAUGAGCCUAUCCCUUAUGAGCUCAAGUUAUUGGAUAUUAUUUUUUUAACCAAACAAUGUCCCCAGAUUUGACUGGGUAUAUUGAGUAUGUCAGGCUCAUAGACAUUUUUGGUAUACUGAAUGCUGAAUAUUCUGUAUAAGUAUCUCUUAAGUCUGUUUCAGAGACAAUUUUUGUAGUUUUUAGAGAUCAUUUUUAGUAUGAACUCUGAUUCGGGGUCACCAACCAAAGGCUUAGAAGGGCAAAAUCCCAUUGGUUUAGUGGGAUGCAUCAGAUAUAGAGGAGGCACAUGGGCAGGACUUGGUCUUAUCUUAACUGGGUUUCUUGGCAAUAUGUUUUGAGUUUACGUGUUUCACUUUUUCUGAUCUCUGUGUUCUCUAGGAUGUGUGAAACUUUUGUUUUAUCUUUACCAUUAUUUUAUCUUUAAUGUGGUGAGCUCCUAGACUAACUCUGCUAAAAAUGUGGGUUCAUUGUCUUGAGAUGGUAUCUCUUUAUUUUUUUAAAGAAAAAAGUCAGAAAAGAAAAAUGAAAAGCAAAAGAGAUAACAACAACAAACCCAAAACAAUAACAAUAUAGGUUUUCAAAACAGAAUGAAAGAAGUUUAAGAAUGGUUGUUAUAUUGCAUAAUAGUAGUUCUAUUUUUUUCAAAGAAAGAAAAGAAAAUUAAAAAAAGGUAGAAUAAUACUGAAUUCAAAAAAAUUAACAUAAAAUCGCUCGUUGAUACAUCACUCAUUGUUGUCUUAAAAAAUAGUUGCCAAAGUUAAAAAAAAAAAAUAGUUGCCAAAGUUACAAAAUCAAAGCAAAAAAGUGACUACACACUCAAACAUUGGCAGUGCAAACCCUUCUGUUCAAUGAUCCAACAGAAAUUAAGUAAUAUGGUCAUCUAUCUUAAACACUCUACAUACCAUUAUACCCUUUAGAGCACUUUCCUUCCCUAUCACUUUCACAAUAUCUAUUAUACUUUUUGGAUCCCGCUAUUGUGUCAGUUUUUAUUAUUUUUUAUGCUAGAGAGACAAUGUGGUAUCAGUAAAUAUUUAUUUUCCUAAUGAGUCUUAUUUAUUUCAUUAAUGAUAUCCUUAAAUUGCCUCCAUUUAGCUAUGAAGGCCUCAAGAUCAUCCUUUUUAUAGCUGAGUAGUAUUCCAUUAUAUAGAAAUACCAUGUUUUUUUCAUCCAUUCUGCGGUUGAUGGGCAUUUUGGUUGUUUCCAAAAUUUAGCUAACACAAAUUGUGCUGCUGUGAAUAUAGGUGCACAUUUAUCUCUGUGACAUGGCAUUUUCAAUUCAAUUUUCAAUUUUCCUGGUAAAUACGUAGGAGGGGAAUAGCUAGAUUGAAUAGAACUUCCAAUCCUAGUUUUUUGAGGAAUCUCCAUAUUGAUUUCCACAGUAGUUGCACCAGUCUGCAAUCCCACCAACAGUGGAGAAGUGUUUCUUUUUCCUCACAUUCUUGCCAAUAUUUGUUAUCAGUUGUUUUCUUGAUGGCAGCCAUUCUUUCCAGGAUAAGAAGAAAUCUCAAUGCUGUUUUAAUUUACAUUUCUCAAAUGGCCAAUGAUGGUGAACAUUUCUUCAUGUAUUUAUUUGCCAUUUGUAUAUCUUCAUCUGAGAACUGUGUGUUCAUUUCCAAUGCCCAUUUUUGGAGAGGGUCUUUGAAUUUGGGGAGUUUGAUGUUUUUCAGUUCUUUAUAUGUUCUGGAUAUAAGUCUGAGAGCUUGUUGGCUAAAAUUCUUAUCCAUUCUCUGGGUUUUCUUUUCACUUUGUUGGUGAUUUCUUUUUUUUUUUUUUUUUAAAUUUUAUUUAAGGAGAAAAAAAAAGCAGAGAAAGGGUACAAGUUAUACAGAUUUACAGAAAAAAUAAACAGUAGGAAAUCACUAGUUAAUGGAUUACAUAUUGUCAUCUUAGAAAUAAUUGUUCAAGUUACAAAAUUAAAGCUUAUAAAGUGGACAUUCCAACAGUGAGACUGCAAACAGUUCUGUUCAAUGAUCCAACAAAACUCAGUAAUAUCAUUAUAUAUCUUAUACACGUAAAUAUACAUGCAGUUAUAGCAUUUAGAGCACUUUCUUUUCCUCUCUUUUGCACAAUGACAAUUACACAUUUUGGGUUUUGUUGCUCGCACAGUUCUUAUUACUUUUUUGGAAGAGAGUAGAACCAAAUGUGACAUAACAGAAUAGUCAGUCAAAUCAAAAGGUUGGACAUAAUAGAUAAUGUAAAAUCAUAAUACUACGUGAUCAACAAUGGUUACCAUAAUGCCUCCCGCUAUCUCUAAUAGAAUUGCCUAUAUCAUUAGUUAUAAUAAAAUUUGAACAAAACAGUAAAGAACAAAACCAAAACAUUGGAGACAUUAUAGGUCUUCAAAAGUAGAUAAUAGUCAACCAGAAUGGGCAUCAUAAUGAAUCCCACUAUCUUCACAGCUGUUGCCUAAACUUUAGAACCUGGUACUAUCAAGCGAAACAGAAUAGAGGAACAUCAGUCAAAUCAAGAUGGUGAGAGCAAUACAGGGCUUUAAAUCAAGAUAAUGGAAAGUCAAAGUGGGUUACUAUAAUAUAUCCUGCUAUUUUUAAAUUUAUUUUUCCCUUAAAAGGAUAAAAAAAGUAAAUAAUAAAAUGGAGAUUGAGAUAAAAGAAGGUAUAACAGCAAAUCAGCGCAGAUCAAAACAUAACAAUUUAAGCAAAAUAGUGUUUCACCACAAUAUUAUCCCAACAUAAAAGCAGAUACCAUAUUGUCUCUUUCCUUGAAAUCUUUGAGUAUAACUUCAUAUACUGUAGCAUCAAAUAUAUCAAAACAAUGUAAAACCAUUUAAGAGAAUGACAAUAUUACAGGGUAUUUAGAAUCAACUAACAGAAAAUGAACAAUGGUUUCUGUAUAAUCUCCUUGUCUAUAAAAGGUUUUGCUUAUACUAUCAUAUGUAAUAAAAUCCAAUAAGAUACCACCUGUUUAGACGAAUGGAGACAGAAGAACAAAAGCUUGAUGAGACUUCAAAACAAGAUGAUACUAAAUCAGUAUUACCUCUUAAGACGUCAUUUUCUCCAAAAUAGCUGUUCCUAUCAUCCAGUCUUCUCUGCCUCAUUUCUGUUGAGCUCUUUUUCUGUCAUUAGUUGUCAGUUUGUCUUCUUCAUUUUGUUUUCUGCUCCAUUCAUUGUGGCCUCUCUGCCACUACUUCUGGAUUCUUCGUAUUUUUCUUUUUUAGAAUAUCUUGCAGUAUUCUCUGUAGAGUUGAAUUGGUGGUUGCAUAUUCCCCUAGUUCCUCUUUGUCCUGGAAGCACCUUGUUUUUCCAUCAAUUUCCAGGGAUAGUUGUGCGGGAUAUAUCAAUCUUGGCUGGAGAUUAUUAUCUUUCAAAGCUUGAAUUAUUUCCCCCCACGCUCUUCGUGAUUCGAUGGUUUGUGCCGAGAAGUCUGCUGUAAUUCUGAUGGGUGUUCCCUUGUAAGUGAUUUGUUUCUUGUCUCUGACGGCUUUUAGUAUUCUGUUCUUGUAUUUGAUUUCUGGAAUUUUAAUUAUUAUAUGCCUGGGUGUUGCUCUGUUUGGGUUGUAGGUGGCUGGGGUCCUGUAUGCUUCAUACAACUGAGUAUCUUUACCUUUUGCUAAAUUAGGAAAAUUCUCCUGGAUUAUUUCUGUGAGUAGCUUUUGUAGUUCAUUUGUUUGUGUCCCUACUUCUUUUAUGUUCUUAAUUCUUAAGUUAUAGGCCCUCUUAUCAUCUUCUAGUCUUUGUAUUAUUGCUGUUUGUUUCUUUGUUAUUUUUAAGAAGUUUUUCAUUUCAUGCUCCCAUAUUACAAAUCUGCCCUCCAGUUCAGAUAAUCUGUCCUUAGUUUCUUUCAAGCUGUUAUGCCAGUUUUCGAUACACUUUUUAGUUUUCUGGUAGUCUCUUUGAACCUGCUUCACAUAUUCUAUGCUUUCUCUAUUUUCUCCAUUAAACAAUUCUCCCCUCUUUUUCUGUUCUUCCAUUCCACUAUCUGUUUUUUCUUGGGUGGUGCUUAGCAUUUCUCUAACUAUUCUGCUUAUGUCUAGCUUCAGAUCAUUAAUAACUUCAUUCCUGAACUUGUCUAUUAGGCUCUCGAGAUAGCACUUUAUGUCUAUUGGUGCUGUGUCUGCUGUUGUCUCUUUCUCAGGAUUGGGGGCCGAGGACCCUUUCUUGUUGCUGCCUCGUCCCAUAUUCUUUGUUCCUUAUAUAUGCAAGCGUAUAUAGGAGGCCCAGCUUCCUUCCCUGUCAGUCACAGUGUGAUUGAAUUGCGCCGGCUAGGUGUUCCCACCCACUGCAGCACACCAGGAAGUUGCAGACCAGGCAGCCUAUGCGGGGCUCACCCCUCCAGGUCAAUCUACCUUCAGGAGCUGGGACCUGGGCUGUGUUAGCCUACUGGGUCUCAGCCAGCAGUGUCACGUGGGCUACGCACUGCUCACCAAUCCCGUUUGAGAGGGGGAUACGUGACUGAUGUCACUGCAGCGCCCUGUUCCUGCAAGUCUGCCCGGUCCCAGAAUGUCCUCUGUUGGAGUCUCCUAGACUGUGGAAGAAUCCCAGUUUUCCCUCACUCACCGGAGAUGGAUGCAUGGCUGUCCGCCCGUCCUGCUCUCAACUCUGUUCACCGAUUCCCGUUCUCAGAGCUUCCGUAUGUCUCUCUCCCUGCGGAGCUGAUGCAGACGCAGCGGCGGCGGUGAGAAACCCAAAUCGCGUCUUCCAAUGGUGCGGGCUCCAGCUUCCAUGCUGAGGCUUUAUCUGUUCCUGUUAUAGCACCAGGAUUGCAUUCCCAGUUGGUUUCUCUCAGCCCAGUUUGUUCUUGGGUCACCGGGGCAUAUCUCCUUUUGCUUAUGAUUCCUUACUCAGCACCGUUCCUGAAUUCUAAGCUGGGUGUUUCAGAGAGCCUCCGUAGCUGCUGCUAUCUGUCCACCAUGUUCUCCCAGAAGCGGUGAUUUCUUUUAAAGUGCAGAAACUUUUUAAUAAUAUGAGGUCCCAGUUGUUGAUUCUUGGAAGUAUUUCCCAUGCAGUUUGCAUUUUGUUCAUGAAUUCUCUACCUACCUAUAUGUCUCAAGGUAGAUAGAUUUCUACCUACCUUGUCCUCCAGUGUAUUUAGUGUUUUUAUUUUAAUAUUUAGAUCCUUGAUCCAUUUUGACUUUAAGUGUAUGAUGAUAGGUAUGGGUCUAGUUUCAGUCUUCAGCAUGUGGGGAGCCAAUUUUUCUAACACCAUUUAUUAAAGAGGCUAUCCUUCCAGUGAACAUGUUUAGCCCCUUUGUAAAUGUCAGGUGGCUGGAUGUCUUUGUAGUAGUGUUUUUGUCUUCUAAUCUGUUCCAUUGAUCCUCAAAUCUGUUUCUUUGCCAGUACCAUGCUGAUUUUAUCACUAUGGCUUUGUAGUAUAGUUUCAAGUCAGGAACUGAAAUGCCUUCUGUCUUGCCUUUGUUGCCCAGAAUAGCUUUUGCUGUUCUAGGUUUCUUCUAUUUCCAAAUGAAUUUUAGGAAUAUUUUCUCUAGAUCUGUAACGUAUGUUAGUGGCAUUUUGAUUGGGAUUGCAUUGAAUCUGUGUAACAGUUUUGGGAGUAUGGCCAUUUUCAUAAUGUUGGUUCUUCCUAACCAAGAGUAAGGAAAAUCCUUCCAUUUUCUAAUAUCUUCUUCAAUCUCCUUUUUUAGCAUAGUAUAAUUUUCAGCAUAUAGAUCUUUUAUAUUCUUGGUUAGGUUGGUUCCUAAGUAUCUGAUUUUUUUUUUAGAUGUUAUUGUGAAAGGCAAUAUUUCCAUAAUUUCUCUCUAGGUGAGUUUUUUGUUUGUGUACAGGAAUGCUAUAGAUUUUUGAGUGUUGACUUUGUAUACUGCUACACUGCUGAAUUUGUUUUUUUGCCUCUAGUAGUCUUUUAAUGGAGUUUUUGGAUCUUCUUUAUAGAGCAUCAUGUCUUCUGCAAAUAAUGAUAAUUUAAAUUCUUCUUUUCCUAUUUUUGUUCCUUUUAUUUCUCCCUCUUGUCUGAUUGCUCUGGCUAAUAUUUCUAGAACUAUAUUGAAUAGGAGUGGUGAUAGUGGACAUCCUGAUUUUAGAGUGAAGGCUUUCAGUUUUUUUCCAUUUAGUAUAAUGUUGGCUGUUGGUUUCUCAUAGAUGGCCUUUAUGAUAUUGAAGUAGGUACCAUCUAUUCCUAGUUUCUGGAGGGUUUUUAUCAUGAACAGCGGUUGGAUUUUAUCAAAAGCUUUUUCUGCAUCUAUUGAGAUGAUCGUGUGACUUUUAUUUUUGGCUCUGCUGAUGUGUAUUACAUUUAUUGAUUUGCAUAUAUUGAGCCAUCUGCAUUCCUGGAAUAAAUCCCACUUGGUCAUGGUGUAUAAUCUUCUGGAUGAUGUGCUGCAUUCUAUUUGCCAGUUUUUAUUGAGAAUCUUUGCAUUAUUGUUCAUUAUUAAGAUUGGUCUAUAGUUCUCCUUUUCAGUUGGGUCUUUCUCUGGUUUUCGUAUCAGAGUGAUACUUGCCUCUAAGAAUGACUUAGGGAGGACUGCUUCUCUUUCAGUUUCAUUAAAGAGCUUAAGGAGUAUUGGCAUUAAAUUUUCUCUAAAUUUCUUACAGAAUUCAGUCAUGAAUCCAUUAGAACCUGGGUUUUUUGUUAUGAAGUUUUUAAUCACGUUUUCGAUUUCAGUAGCUGAUACUGGGUUACUCAAAAUUGUUACAUCUUUUUGAUUGAGCUUUGGUAGUUCAUACAUUUCUAAAAUUGUCCAUUUCCUCUGUGUUUUCCACCCUAUGUGAUUAAAAAAUUUUAAAGUGUUCAUUAUUUUUUGAAUUUCUAUGGGAUAUGUAGUAAUUUCCCUCUUUUCAGUCCUUAUUGAUGGAUUUGAGUUUUUUCUUUCUUUUUCUUGAUAAGAUUGGCUAGAGGUUUAUCAAUUUUGUUUAUUCUCUCAGAAGCCAGCUCUUUGAUUCAUUAAUUCUUUGUAUUGUCUUUUUGGUUUCAAUUGCAUUAAUUUCUGCUCUAAUCUUUACAGUUUCCUCUCUUCUAUGACCUUUGGGUUUGACUUGCUCUUCCUUUUCUAGAAGCUUGAGAUGUAGCAUUAGGUUAUUUAUUUGUGCUCAUUCCGUUUUCUUGAUGUGACUAUUUAUUGCUAUUUAUUUACGUCUUAGGACUGCUUUCACUGUGUCCCAUAGGUUACAGUAUGUUGUAUCUGCAUUUUCAUUGUAUUGCAUGUAUUGUUUUAUUUCUUCUUUGAUUUCAUCUGCCACCCAUGGGUUGUUCGGAAGGUUGUUAUUUAAUUUCUGUAUAUUUAUGCAAGUUUUACAGGGGAUUUUGGUCAUUGAUUUCCGAUUUUAGUGUGCUAUGAUCAGAUAUUAUGCAUGGGAUAAUUUUGCUCCCUUUGCAUUUAGUUAAGAAUGCUUUAUGGGUUAAUAUAUGGAGUAUUUUUGAGAAUGUUGCAUGACUGUGGUGAAGCAGAAAUGUCAUGCUGGAAAGGCUUGGAGGAUGAAAGCUGCUCCCCUCAUGGCAGCUGGGAAACAGAGAGAGACGGAAAUCACCCGAGAGAAGGCUUUGUGAUGCAUUGGAAGGACCCUGGGAGACCUUCAAGCCAUGCAGUAGAGGCAGUAACCUUUGAGGAUGUGGCUGUGACUUUCACCAUGGAAGAGUGGACUUUGUUGAAUCCAUCUCAAAAGACACUCUAUAGAGAGGUGAUGUGGGUUACCUUUAUGAACAUGGCUACUAUGGGACCAACAUGGGAUAACCAGAAUAUUGACGUGGAAUACAAAAGUUGGUGGCAAAAUGUAAGAAAUGAAGAAAUAGAGAAAUGCUAUGAAUACAAAGCUUGGAAUCAACAUGAAGAAAUACUUCUUGAGACCACAGAUGCUAAUGGAAAUACGAAAGAAGCUGGUUUAAAAUCAGCUGAAAUCUUUACUUGGACAAAAUCCCUCAUUGAUCAUUCAUUGCCAAAUGUGCCCGUCACCACUCACACUGUACUCAAAACAUGUCAGUGUGAGGAUUUUGAAAAGAAUCUGCCUAAAUGUGAUGAACCCAGGAAUAAUUACAGCGAUUCUCAGUCCUUUUCAAUCCAAGCAAGAACAAAGGCCCUAGAGAAACCCUAUAAAUAUGAACAAUGUGGGACAGCCUAUUCUGAUCUUGGUGAAAGUAUUCACCCUGAAGUGAAGACCUUUGUAUGUAAGGAAAAUGUGGCAGUCUCUAGUACACACAGUGACAUUCAUAUUUAUAAAAAUAGUGAGAUUGAGGGAAGUUCACCUGUAUGUAAACAAUCUGGGCAAACAUUCACUACAUCUAACUGUUGGCAAAGACAUGAAAGAAGUGACACUAGGGAAAAACCCUAUGAAUGUAAGCAAUGUGGGAAAUUUUUCACUGGAACCAAAUAUUUGAAAAUACAUGAAAGAAUUCACACUGGGGAUAAUCUCUAUGUGUGUCAGCAAUGUGGGAAAGCAUUCACUACAUCAAAAUAUUGGAAAAUGCAUGAAAGAAUUCACACUGGGGAAAAGACUUGUGUAUGUAAGCAUUGUGGGAAAGUAUUCAGUACACACAGUAGUUGCCAAAGACAUGAAAGAAUUCACAGUGGGGAGAAACCCUAUGAGUGUAACCAAUGUGGGAAAGCAUUCAGUACAUACAGUUAUUGUAAAAUACAUGAGAGAAGUCACACUGGGGAGAAACCCUAUGAAUGUCAGCAAUGUGGGAAAGCAUUCUCCUCACAUAGCUCAUGUAAAAGACAUGAACGAAGUCACACUAGAGAAAAAUCCUAUGAAUGUAAGCAAUGUGGGAAAGCAUUCUCCUCACAUAGCUCAUGUAAAAGACAUGAACGAAGUCACACUAGAGAAAAAUCCUAUGAAUGUAAGCAAUGUGGGAAAACCUUCACUACCCUGUCUCAUGAGAAAAUACAUGAAAGAAGUCACACCGGGGAGAAACCCUAUGAAUGUAAGCAAUGUGGGAAAGCAUUCUCCUCGCACAGCUAUUGUAAAAGACAUGAAAGAAUUCAUACUGGGGAAAAAUCCUAUGAAUGUAAGCAAUGUGGGAAAGCAUUCAGUACACACAGUUAUUGUAAAAUCCAUGAAAGAAGUCAUACUGGAGAGAAACCCUAUGAAUGUAACCAAUGUGGGAAAGCAUUCAGUACACACAGUUAUUGUAAAAUCCAUGAAAGAAGUCACACUGGGGAGAAACCCUAUGAAUGUAAGCAAUGUGGGAAAGCGUUCACUACACACAGUUGUUUUAAAAUACAUUUAAGAAUUCACACUGGUGAGAAACCCUUUGUAUGUAACCAGUGUGGGAAAGCAUUCACUACACAUAGCUGUUUUAAAAUGCAUAAAAGAAUUCACACUGGGGAGAAACCCUAUGAGUGUAACCACUGUGGGAAAGCAUUCACUACACUUGAGUAUUGGAAAAUACAUGAAAGAAUUCAUACUGGCGAGAAACCGUAUGAAUGUAAGAAAUGUGGUAAAGCAUUCAUUGCUCACAAUACUUGUAAAAGACACGAAAGAAUUCACACAGGGGAGAAACCCUAUGUGUGUAAGCAAUGUGGGAAAGGAUUCACUACACUCAGUUGUUUUAAAAUACAUAAACGAAUUCAUACUGGAACGACACCCUAUGAAUGUAAGCAAUGUGGGAAAGUAUUGAGUGCUCACAAGAGUUGUAAAAUACAUGACAGAAGUCACUCUGGGGAGAAACCCUUUGUAUGUUAGCAGUGUGGAUGAGCAUUCACUACACACAAUUGUCUUUAAAAUACAUGAAAGAAGUCACACUGGGGAGAAUUCCUAUGUAUUUAAUCAAUGUGGGAAGGCAUUCACUAUCCCCUUAUAUUGGAAAAUAUAUAAAAGAUUUCAUACUGGAGAGAAACCCUAUCAAUGUAAACAACAUAUAAAAGCAUUUAUUAUAUAUGUUUGUCAAAGACAUUAAUGAUGUCACAUCAAGUGAACCAAGAUGUCACACAAGAAACCAUAUGUAUGAUGGGCAUUUGAGAAAGGAUUUUCUAAGUUCUUGUUUUGUUGACAUGAAAGAAGUCACAUACGUAUGAAAUCCUGUGUGUAUAUGUCAAUGCUGGAAGGUAUUUACUAAGUUUUCAUUUUUUAGACCUUAAAGAAACACAUCUGGAAGAAACCAUAUGAGUAUAAGCAAUCCAGAAAAGCAUUUGGGACUCAUAUGUACUAUCAAAUACAUUGUAAAAAGUCACACUGGAGAAAUGUUGUAUAUCUAAGACUGUUUUGAAUAUCUGGUGAAAAUUUUUCAUAUAGAUAAGACUGAUGUCAAUUUUUUCUUUGUAAGUUUUCCAGAAAAACACAUGCCUAGAUACGUAAAUGCCUAGAUACGUAAAUACAGUGCAGUGUGUUUUUCUCAUAAGUUUUUGGAGUCUUUAUAAUGAUUAGUAUAAAAAUAAAAAAUCAAGUUGAAAGAGAAAAGAGAUGCAGCAAAGUUAACACUAUAUUUAUAUGGUAUUGUCUUUAUGAUAUUCUUUUACUUAGGAAAUGAAACAACCUGCUAGAGUAAUUUUAGUGUCAUUGGCACUCUACUGAAAUGGUUACAUAAAAGCUGUUUGAUUUUACUUUUUUAAGGAUUGGCCUUUUAAAUGACAUUCAGACUUUUCUUUCAUUCUGAUUCUACAAUGAUACUUUCGUGAUCUUCAUAAAGACCAGGUUAUAAGAUUUUGUUUUAGUGUGUAUGAGACACAUUUUAAUAUUUGUAAAUUAAACUUUCCUUGUGUAAGCUGAA